CCGCCAAACCCAAUUCCAGCGGCCCGUGGAUCGGUCAACACGCGACCCGCGAACCAAAUGCGCCCAUGAGAACAAUAAAUUAAAAAGAAAAAAAGAAAAGAAAAGGGAACAGACAGACAGACCACCUUUUCCCUCCGUUGGAUCCAAACUCCCCGCCAGCCACUGAAUCCGCCUUCCCCUCUCCCCUUCUUGCACCCGUCAGAGAGAGAGAGAGAGUGAGAGAGAGAGAGAGAGAUUAUAAUAAUAAACGAGAGGCUGUCUUUGAGACCAGUCCACAUUCAAUUUUCGUUCCAAUAAAAGGAAGGAAGAGAUACAUUCUUCUCUCCAGACUCGUCUCUCUGCCCUGUUUUUGUUAUCCUUUAAGCUUCGUACCGUAGCAGAAGGGUUUAGGGGGGAAAGCUCUAUUCAAUGGCGAGCUGGGUUCUAUCAGCAAGCGGCUUAAAGCCUCUGCCCUCAGCCUUCCCCAGGCCCGGAGUCGGAGCCGUCUACCGAGACAGCCUCUCCAAGCUGAGAUUUCUGAGGCCCGCUGCCACCGGCUCGGAUCUGAACAUUAGAUUCUCUUCUACCCGUUCUUCUUCGAGGAAGAGAGCGAGUGUGCCCUUUCAAGUUGCUUCAGUGGAAGAAGAAGAAGAACCCAAUUUCAACGAUGCGAUUGGAGAAGCAGAGCCGCCGGCAGGUUUCGACCCAGGAGCGCCGCCGCCCUUCAAUUUGGCCGAUAUUCGAGCCGCCAUACCCAAGCAUUGCUGGGUUAAGGAUCCGUGGAAGUCGAUGAGUUACGUAGCCAGGGAUGUCGCCGUGGUUUUUGGAUUGGCUGCCGCCGCGGCUUAUCUCAACAAUUGGAUUGUUUGGCCCCUGUAUUGGGCUGCUCAGGGGACCAUGUUUUGGGCUCUUUUUGUUCUUGGUCAUGACUGCGGCCAUGGUAGCUUUUCAAGCAAUCAUAAGCUCAACAGUGUGGCUGGACACAUUCUUCAUUCUUCAAUUCUAGUGCCUUAUCAUGGAUGGAGAAUCAGCCAUAGGACUCACCAUCAAAACCAUGGCCACGUUGAGAACGACGAAUCAUGGCAUCCUUUGUCUGAAAAGAUAUUCCGGCAAUUGGAUUCUGCAACUCGAACUCUGAGGUUCACAUUGCCUUUCCCCAUGCUUGCAUAUCCUUUCUAUCUGUGGAGUAGAAGCCCUGGAAAGUCAGGCUCUCACUUCGACCCAAACAGUGAUUUGUUCGUGGCGAGCGAGCGGAAAGAUGUGAUCACUUCAACCGUGUGUUGGACGGCCAUGGCUGCGUUGCUUGUGGGAUUGUCAUUUGUAAUGGGUCCUAUGCAAAUGCUUAAGCUCUACGGAAUUCCUUAUUGGGGCUUUGUUAUGUGGCUGGAUUUUGUAACUUACUUGCAUCACCACGGCCAUGAUGACAAGCUUCCUUGGUACCGUGGCAAGGAAUGGAGUUACUUGAGGGGAGGAUUAACCACGCUUGAUAGAGACUAUGGAUGGAUCAAUAACAUCCACCACGAUAUUGGAACCCAUGUUAUUCACCAUCUCUUCCCACAAAUCCCCCACUACCACUUGAUCGAAGCAACGGAAGCUGCUAAGCCGGUGCUCGGGAAGUACUACCGGGAACCUGAAAAAUCAUGGCCACUUCCCUUUCACCUCAUCGGAAACUUGAUAAAGAGCUUGAAGAAAGACCAUUAUGUUAGUGACACGGGUGAUGUUGUUUACUAUCAAACUGAUCCCAAUCUCCAAUGACCUAUCGUAAUCACCAUCACCAGAGUAACUAAUCAUGCGUUCUUCCAAUGAGCGAAAGUAUGGCUAUCAAUGGGGAAAAAAGGAAGCUUUAGCUUUUGGUUGUCCUUGGCUAACUGAGAGAAACUCCUUGGUUGUACUUCUGUCAUUGCAAUUGGCAAGACAGACGCUCCAAAUUGUACUGUCACAAGUAGAAUUUGGAGCGGCCAGUUGUAUUCUUUAGAAAUUAGAAGAAGAGAAAAUGUGUUUCUGUACUAUGGGAAAUCAAAAGGGUAUAAGAAAUGUGUAAAAUUUUGGGUGGGAAGUUAAGUAAUAGUUUCAAUUCAAUGAUUAAAUCCUGUGGAGCCAUACGAUUCUCCACUAUAUUUGUUUCUCUUUCUCCUUUAUAACUUUAUAAUCCAUACAUCAUGUCUUGUGUGAACAAAAACCAUCAAGUUGGGAUUCUUUGCUCAACUGGAGAUAUGAUUGAUGGGCCACCACUUCCACUAGUACUACAGAAGGCGUUGUCUCGUGCUUUUAAAAGUUGUGAUUGAGAAAUGACCAAACUCAUUGAGAAAAAAGCACCUCUUUCAUAGUAAAAGUUGACCUUUGGG